GACCGGAAAAAGUCAAACGCACCAGUCUUAGUGGGUCAGUGCGAUAUUGAUCCAAGGUUUAACUUUUUGCGACCUAAAUUUCCGACAGUUUAGAGUUUUAACAAAGGCCGUUAGUGUCGUUUAAGCAUUUAGCUCGUUUGACUGGAUAUGUUUUUAUUUGUAUACGCGGCACUUCAACAAAAAUGCAGAGAUUAACAUUUUUGAAAAGUGCAUGGAAACUGCUUCAAACAAACGGCGAAAAAGCAGUAAGAAGAAAUUACAGCCAUGCUUCUCCUCAGGGCUCAUUUGGUCUGCUCUUCGACAUUGAUGGCGUGCUGGUGCGCGGUCGAUCCCCCAUCCCUGCAGCCCAGGAGUGUUUCAGGAACCUCGUGGACCACCAGGGAAAAUACAAAGUGCCUUUGGUGUUUGUCACCAAUGCUGGAAACUGCAUGCGGCAGACAAAAGCGGAGCAUCUUUCACAUCUGCUUGAAGUGGAGGUGUCACCUGACCAGGUAAUGCUGUCCCACAGUCCUUUGCGAAUGUUCACACAGUUUCACCAAAUGUGUGUGCUGGUAUCAGGACAGGGUCCUGUUCAAGAGGUGGCUCACAUGUUGGGCUUCAAAAAUGUUGUCACCAUAGAUAAUCUCAGAGAGGGUUACCCUCUUCUUGAUAUCGUGGAUCACAACAGAAGACCCAAAGACGGUAUUCCUCCCACUAAAGGUUUACGGCCAAUAGAUGCUGUCAUCUUAUUUGGUGAGCCAAUCAGAUGGGAGACCAACCUCCAGCUCAUUGUUGAUGUACUUUUAACCAACGGAAACCCGGACAGGAAUUGGAAUUCUGCACAGUAUCCACACAUUCCGGUGCUGGCCUGUAACAUGGACCUGUUGUGGAUGGCUGAGGCUAAGAAUCCCAGGUUUGGCCAUGGUAUGUUCCUCGUGUGCUUGGAGAGCCUUUACAAGAAGGUGACAGGUCAUGACCUCAAGUAUGAGGCGCUUAUUGGUAAACCCAGCGUAGUGACUUACAAUUAUGCAGAGCUGCUGGUCAGGCAGCAAGCUGAGAGACUUGGAUGGGCCACACCCGUGAAGAGAUUGUACGCUAUCGGUGAUAACCCUAUGGCUGACAUAUAUGGUGCCAAUCUCUACAACCGCCACCUCCAGACCGUUCAGUAUUCUCAGGAUCAGAAGCAAGCUAACCAAAGUGGCGCAUGUGCUCAAACUGUUGAACAGGCCCCUAAAAUGACAUCGAGCGAACAAGGCGGCGCACCCGCUGUGUUCAGGUCAGGCACGGACCUCCCGGAGGCGUGCCACUCCAUUCUGGUGUGUACAGGAGUAUACAGCAAAGAGGAAGAGCUGCCGUCGUACACGGGGCACACGGUGACCGAGCAGCGCUUCUUUCACGGCCACAGGGACUUUUGCUUUGACCCCAGCCUCACACAGCCGUCCUUUGUGGUGCAGGAUGUCAAAGACGCCGUAGAGUUAGUGUUCCGGCAGGAAGAAUGGCCCCUAGAUUAAUUGGCCUAUUCUUGACUUUAAAGGGUUGAAACACUAGUGUAUAGUUUUACAACGAAUCCUGUCUUUAUGUCAAAACAACAAUAUCCUGUUUUGGUAUAUUGCAAAGUUGUUCAUUAUUGAGGGAGUUGACAUUGAUGUAAAAGUAUGGUGCAUGACAAUUAUUUCCAACAUUUGCAAACUUUUCAUGGAGCGAAAGUAAACCAAAAGUCUCUGCAUUGUGACAUUGAUUUGGAUUAGGGACUUGCACCAUUUGAAUCACUUGUGCAAUAAAUGCCACAGGAUUCAAAAC